UAGAGUGUUGUCGUCAGUGUGUCGUUUGCAGAAGAGCGUGAAGCAUGUGGUCACUGGUGGUCGCUGACCUGGUGGGACUGACCUCUUCCUUCCAUCCAUGAUCACUCAGAGACAAGAAUACAAGAAUCUGUGUGAGCGAGAGAAUGUCUCUGAAAACGUCCGGGUCGUUGGAGGAGUCCCUGGUCAACUCUUCCUCAUCAUGCAACACCACCACGAAACUCUGGGAACAGCGCAUGGAGACGAUGUACACCUACUUCUACCUGCUGCUCUUCAUCCCGGGCCUGCUGCUCAACACCAUUGCUCUCUGGGUCCUCUGCAGACACAUAAGUAAGAAGACCAAGGCAGUGAUAUUCAUGAUCAACCUGGCACUAGCUGACCUGGCCCACAUCCUCUCUCUGCCCUUCAGGAUCUAUUAUUACUUCACACACAGCUGGCCUUUUGGACGAGGCCUCUGCCUGUUCUGCUUCUACCUCAAAUACCUCAACAUGUACGCUGCCAUAGUGUUUCUGGUGUGCAUCAGCGUGCAGCGUUGCGUCUUCCUGCUCAACCCAUUCACUGCUCGUCAGUGGAGACGGCGCUACGACCUGUUGAUCAGCGUCAUCAUGUGGGUUGUGGUCAGCCUGGCCUGCUCGCCUUUCAUUCUGAUGCGGAGCAGUAGUAGUGUCACCAAUGACAGCGUCAGUACACAGACAAUCUAUAACAUGUCUGAUUUUUUGGAUGCCACUUCUACCCAACAUCCCUCAGGUUACACCACACAGGAACCAUAUUGGAGUGUAAGCCCCAGUGGACUAGUGCCAGUCUCUAAUUCCAGUUCAGUAGGUUGUUUUAAAGACUUGCCCAUGCGCCGUCUGCGUCCUUCUCUGGCCAUAACCAUGAUAGCUCUAGCUGAGCUGUUUGGUUUCCUCAUUCCUUUGACCUGCAUCACUUACAGCUCCAUCCGCAUUGUCCAGUCCCUCAACCAAAGACAGACCCGAGAUGAGCAAAGCUCAACCAGUCUGAACUCCUCAGCACGCAGCCGACUUCAGUCAGUCACCUCCAACGGUCCAACUGAUAAAGUCCACGACAGGCUGACCAACGGUGAGAAGCAACGCGCCCUGCGGAUGGUGCUGGGCUGCUCGGCCCUUUUUCUGUUUUGCUUCGCCCCCUACCACAUUAACUUCCUGCUCUACCUGAUGGUGUCACAGGACCUGGUGACCCACUGCGGCACCAGACAGGCUGUGGGUCAGUUCCACCCGGUGUCUCUGUGCAUAGCGAGCCUGAGCUGCUGCCUCAACCCGCUGCUCUAUUAUUUUCUGACAGCCGAGUUCAGGUCGCACCUCACCCGACGCACCUCCUCCUUCUCCUCCUCGUUGCUCUCCUCACCGAUUAACUCCCCGAGACAGCGCGCAGCACCUCAAAGGGUGUUGAGCAUGGAGAGUUACUGCUCAGAAAAGGAGUAGAUUAAUAGAAAGGAAAGAGCUAAACAUGAGAAACACAAACAUCUCCAUGAUGCAUUGUGUUAAACUUGACAUCACAAGAUGAUUUCACGCUAAAGAGCAUUGACCUCCAUGUCCUUUGGAUCAAAGACUUUGAACUGAAAUAAUGUAUGUCUAUGUUUCAUGAGAGUGAAUCUAAUGUCUGCUGCCCCAGGUAGGAACUUGUGUUUGUCUUGCAUCAUAUAUCCUGCCCCCAAACCCCAGUCUCAGCUAAAAACAACUUUAGAUAAGCUAGAUUGUAACUGUCAAAGCUGUAUUUGAAUGCAUGUGAA